AUGAAAAACAUUGCUGAAGACCUAGACCUAUCAGACAAUGAAGAUGAAGAAUUAACAAAUCAAGAAAUCGACUUCAAUACUCCUAAAGACUUUAAUGGUGAAGUGAAAGAACAUAUUGGUAUUUUAGAUUCUAUGGAUAAGUCAUUUAUUGCUAAAAUAUCAUUUUAA